AUGUCUUACAAAAUAAAGCUAAGAGACAAUGUCAUGUACGCCACGAGCCCGAUGGUGAACGAGGACGACAUCGCGGACUUCGUUUCGAGCAUGAAUGUUUACAAGUGGGAAGGAGAGGGGGGUCGGCAGCCGGGUCAAGAGGUGGGUCGGCAGGCGGGUCAAGAGGCGGGCCAACUGUCAGGUCAACUGGCGGGCCGCCUGCCCGAGGGAAGCGCGCACCCCUACCCAGUUAAGGAAAUGCAACUUGGAAGCUUAAAAAUCUCCGACUGGGGUAUGUCCAUCCUCAUCCCCUGCGUGCUGAGAAGCAGGAACUUGGUUACGCUUAAUUUAUCGAGCAACGACUUGACUAAUGAUAGCGCGAAGAUCCUGGCCAAGUGCCUCAAGUACCUGCCCCGACUGGCCUCCCUAAAUCUGUCGAACAACCUGAUCAAGUCCGACGGCGCCAACGAAAUUGUGGAGGAAUUUUUCCCCCAAAAAUUGACCUCCAAAAGAGGAUUCUCCCCAGGGGGAGAACAAAUGGACACCAAUUUUCACCUGAACAGUCAGGUAAAAAAUGCGACAAAAAAUAUGCACACAAAAAAUGCGAUAAAAAAUAUGCACACAAAAAAUGUACGUGAAUUGGACCUGUCAGACAAUUGUUUGGGUCCCUCCGUUUUGUUAAAAUUAAGUCAAGUGAUCAGUCAGGAUAACAAUGAGACAAUCAAAUUAAACAUAAAAAACAGCCAACUGGGUGAUGCGAACUUUUUUGCCUUUUUCCAAAACUGCACACACGUACACAAUUUAAACAUGUCCGAAAAUGGCAUUGCUUCCGCUUUAUUCGCUGACCAUAUGGAAAUGUUAUUUGCAUCCCAAUUAAACUUAAAAGAAUUGCAUUUAUCGAGCAUAUGCUUUGGUCAAAGCGGCACAGACAAACAGGAGGAUGGAAACGAACUGCUUAACCAGUUGGUUAAGCAACUGAGGGAAGCGCCCAACCUUUCCGUUUUGUCAUUUGCGAACAAUAAAGUUGAUGACCAUGGAUUUUCCCUUUUCUGCGAAUUUUUAAAAAAAAAUAAAAACAGCAUUACGGCGAUUGAUUUUUCGAACAAUCACAUUUCCAACAUGAACAGCCUCAGCGAAGCGUUAAAAAAUAAAGAGACUUUAAAAAUGAUUAACUUAUCAAGUAACAGAAUUACCGAUGAAAAUUUGAAACACUUUUGUUAUGAGACUUUGCCAUCCAACCUGAGCAUUGCAGAAGUUUCCCUCUCGAAUAAUCACUUGACGGAUUUGUCAUGUGCGUACUUUGCCGACGCGUUGGUGAUGCAGUGUAGCUUUGUAGAAAGGUCGGUCAAGAUGAAGACGCAACUGCAGGGGGGGGUCGCCAGUCAAGAUGCUUUAACCGCACAGGGUGAUCUGCAUAACGCUUGUGGACCCCCCCCGGCGUGGGAAGAAUUCCCCGAAAUUGAUUCGCAAAAAUCGACGUCCAACUCGAGCGAAGGCAGCUCAUCCCCUCUCCAUCUAUCCAAAGCGAAAAGAACGAAUUUCAAAAAUGGCCAUCCCCAAAUGAUACACACAUGGAAGGAGGUCAUCACGAACCGACACAACGAACAGCACAAUUUCUUUUCCUGCAUCGGUGUCCCAUCCCUUAACAGAGCUAGCGAAACGUCCAAACUGCUGUUCUUGCAAGAAAAAAGGAGAAACUUAAUAUAUAACAAAAAUGAUGAAUGGUACCAUUCCUGUGAUUCUUUUUCGCUCAACUGUUUUAAGGGCCUCAAAUAUCUGAAUGUGUCUGGUUGCCGCAUUAACAGCCAAGGGUUGACUCUCCUCAUUAAUGCACUUGCCAUGCCCUACUGUGCGUUAGAAUUUUUGGACGUCUCCUCCUCCUCUAGCGACUUGACGGAUGCUACGCACCAGGCAUUCGCCUCACUGAUUGCAGACAGAAAAUGCAAAUUCGAAAGAAAUGACACCUUCCACUUUGAGCAUUUGCCGCUCACCGUCCGCGGGGUUGCGCCCACGCUGAUUCCGCUCAACGACUCGGAGGAUAACACGGACGGGGACAGCAUAGAGUCAGAGUGGUGGAACUACAAGGAGGGCGACUGCCCGGAUCAAGGAUCGGACGAAGCGGCGUAG